AUACAAAGAUUAUAAAUGAAUAUAUUUUUUAGUAUGAGCAACCCUGACCAAUAACCUAAAACUCAAUAUCGUAGUUAAUGUUUUCGAAGAAUUAUCUCUGAUAGUAACGAACUGUAGGAAUAGAAAAGGAAAAGAAAAAGAGAAAAUCAGAGAUUAGGAAUUACCUUGCAAGUCGUAUGCAGGUAAAUUGAAUUUAUAGCAACGCGUGAGAUGAGCUGCUUUCGAGUAUUGUGGAUAUUCUUAUAAGAGGUUCAAUAAUUAUAAACAACUAGUCUUUAGGAUGACUAACGAUAGUGACGAUCAGUCACAAAACAAGAAAUUUAUAUUUUCUAAAGAUGAUGACGACGAUCAAAGUCUUCUGGAUAGUUAUGGUGGCGAAUGUCAUAGGCUGUGUUCCGGCACGGACAGCUUUCCUAACAUCAAUGAAAGGCCUGUCGAAGAUAUUUCCAUUGAAUUUUUUUACAAGCCUCAUACCAUUACACUUUUACUGAUCUCUAUUUGUGCAGUCAUCUACUUUGCAUUUGUUAGAGAUUGUUCAAAUGUGGAAGAUAACUUAAGGGCUGGACUACUAUGCAUUGUUUUCUUCUUUCUCAUAAUUUCAAUUUUAACCUUUCCCAAUGGACCAUUUACACGACCUCAUCCAGUGGUAUGGAGGAUAGUGUUUGGUUGCAGUGUGUUGUAUGAGAUAUUUUUGCUCUUCAUGCUAUUUCAGAACUACGAAACAGUACGUAAAAUAUUUGUAUGGAUAGAUCCAAGUUUGGCUUCUUUUCAUAUUGACAUGGAUAAGGAAUAUGGUGUAAAUUGCUCAGAUAUAAAUGUAGAAAAAAUCUGGAACCAUUUAGAUGUAUUUGCUGUGGCUCACUUUCUUGGCUGGGCUUUUAAGGCUAUUUUGAUACGUCACUUGGGCAUCUUAUGGGCCAUAAGCGUUAUGUGGGAGGUAACAGAGAUAGCCUUCGCUCAUUUGCUACCCAAUUUUGUGGAAUGCUGGUGGGAUGCCAUGAUUCUUGAUGUAUUAGUAUGUAAUGGCUUGGGUAUUUGGGUUGGACUGAAAAUAUGUUCAAUACUUGAAAUGAGGGAGUACAAGUGGGUUAGCAUUAGAGACAUAGAGAGUACCACUGGAAAGCUGAAGAGGGCAAUGUUACAGUUUACACCAGGUAGUUGGACAUCGGUUAGAUGGCUUGAUCCUACCUGCACACAUAUGAGAUUUGUAGCACUAUGUCAGUUAGUGAUAUUUUGGCAGGUUUCAGAAUUAAACACAUUCUUUUUAAAGCAUGUCUAUGAAUUUCCACCUUCGCAUCCCUUUGUUGUGUCGAGGUUGGUAAUGAUUGGAGUAAUAGUAGCUCCAUCUGUUAGGCAGUAUUAUAUGUACGUGACAGACCUUUCAUGUAGUCGAGUAGGCACUCAGUGCUGGGUAUACGCUGCUAUAAUGAUGACUGAGGCUCUACUCUGUAUAAGGCAUGGAGCUGAACUAUUUGAGAGGACUCAAGCCCUCAAUAUUCUUCUUUGGCUAUUGUGCCAAUCUCUAGUCUCUGUGCUGUGCGUCUAUGGCUGUGUUUUGUGGCAUCAAUACUUUGCGACGAAUAAGAAAAAUUCAUCUGCCCAACAGAAAAAGAGUCGCAUGGAAGCUACUUCUAUGGGUGGAGCCUUGGUUUACGAUGCUGACAUCACGGAGCCUGAGGACAAAAAAGACUUGUAAAGAUCAUACUACCACUACUACCAGCGGCUGAGGCCAAAAUUUCUAGUCAAGCUAGCAAACAAAAUGGACAUAUCCAACGCUAUAUGUUUUAUUUUAAAAAAUUCUUACGAGCCAAAUUAGAGAA